AGCUGAGGGGAAAUAGAGCAGAACCAGCCUUCCCUGAUUGGAAAGCGAAUCACGACCUCAGCUCCAGCCGUGCAGACUGCCUUCGCCCCCGUCAUGCAGACCUCCGUCCUUCUCCUCCUCUCCCAAAUCCUCCUCCUGUCUCUCCUCAUUCCCACCUGCUCCUCCCAGACCGAGGCAGACCUCAUCGUUCAGACGCGUACUGGUCGAGUCCGAGGCACCCGCAUGCCGGUGCCAGACCGAAGCUUCGUCACCUCCUUCCUGGGCAUCCCCUUUGCAGAGCCGCCGGUAGGGAAGUGGCGUUUCCGUCGCGCUGAGCCCAAGGGUCUGUGGUCAGGGGUGUACGAGGCCAACGCCUACCCCAAAGCCUGCUACCAGUUCGUGGACAUGUCGUUCCCCGGCUUCCAGGGCAGCGAGAUGUGGAACCCCAACAGAGAGAUGAGCGAGGACUGCCUGUACCUCAAUGUCUGGGUGCCCUCCUCGCCCAGACCACACAAUCUCACCGUCAUGGUGUGGAUCUACGGCGGAGGGUUCUACAGUGGUGCCUCUUCUCUGGACGUGUAUGAUGGCCGCUAUCUAGCUCACAGUGAGACAGUCAUUGUGGUCUCCAUGAACUACCGGAUCGGUGCCUUUGGCUUCCUCGCUCUGCAUGGUUCCUCUGAGGCUCCCGGCAACGUGGGUCUGCUGGACCAGAGGAUGGCGCUGCAGUGGGUCCAAGACAACAUCCACUCCUUUGGUGGAAACCCCAAACAGGUGACUAUUUUUGGUGAGAGCGCUGGUGGAGCUUCAGUAGGAUUCCACCUCUUGUCUCCGGACAGCCGGCCCAUCUUCACCAGGGCCAUCCUUCAGAGCGGGGUCCCCAACUGUCCCUGGGCCUCGGUCAGCCCUGCUGAGGCGCGCAGACGGGCCACGUUGUUGGGCAAACUGGUCGGCUGCAACGGAGGCAACGACACUGAGAUGGUGGACUGUCUGCGCGGUAAAAACCCACAGGAGCUCAUCGACCAGGAGUGGCAGGUCCUGCCGUGGUCGGCCCUCUUCCGGUUUUCGUUUGUCCCCGUCGUGGACGGCGAGGUUGUACCCGACACUCCCGAGGCCAUGCUCAACUCGGGCAACUUCAAAGACACUCAGAUCCUGCUCGGGGUCAACCAGGACGAGGGCUCUUACUUCCUGCUGUACGGAGCUCCAGGCUUCAGCAAGGACAACGAAAGCCUGAUCUCCAGAGAGGACUUCCUGGAAGGUGUUAAGCUGAGCGUGCCACACGCUAAUGAUAUUGGCCUGGAAGCGGUGGUGCUGCAGUACACCGACUGGAUGGACGAGAAUAACGGGGUGAAAAACCGCGACGCCUUGGACGACGUCGUGGGCGACCACAACGUCGUCUGCCCGCUGGCCCACUUCGCUCGCUCCUACGCCCAGCACAGCGCCUUCAAGGCCAACAUGGGAGGGGUGGUGAACAGCGGAGCGAACUCACAAGGAGGGGUCUACCUCUACCUGUUCGACCACCGAGCGUCCAACCUGGCCUGGCCGGAGUGGAUGGGCGUGAUCCAUGGCUACGAGAUUGAGUUCGUCUUGGGCCUGCCACUGGAGAAGAGAUUCAACUACACCUUAGAGGAGGAGAGACUGAGCCAACGCAUAAUGAGAUACUGGGCCAACUUUGCACGAACUGGAAAUCCCAAUGUGAACCAUGACGGACUGGUGGACAGCAAGAAGCGCUGGCCUCUGUUCACCGUCAGCGAGCAGAAACACGUAGGACUCAACACUGAACCAAUGAAGGUCCACAAAGGUAUGAGGAACCAGAUGUGCGCCUUCUGGAACCGCUUUCUGCCACGCCUCCUCAACAUCACUGACAACAUAGACGAGGCAGAGCGUCAGUGGAAGGUGGAGUUCCACCGCUGGUCCUCCUACAUGAUGCACUGGAAGAGUCAGUUUGACCACUACAGCAAGCAGGAGCGCUGCACUGACCUCUAAGAACCUCAGCAGAGAGAGAUUAGAGAAUGACGGGGAGGGGGAGGCAGAGAGAACAAGCUGUGGCCAUUUUCCUCCAUAGCCCGUCCAUGAAGUCUAACUUCAUUCAAACUUUUUCUUUUUUUUUCUGUUUUUAAGUCCACACACAAACACAGGCACUGUUGAUCUUUAGUUGUGUUAUUUAUACUAUUUAUUUCUAUAUUGGUUUUUUUCUGAGUUUGUGUGUGUCUGUGGAAAUGAAGGGCUAUGGAGGGAAGUUGUCAUCGAUAUGGAGGAAUAUUAGAAAUGUCAAAGAUGUGUCAUUACCUCGGGUGUGUGUGUGUGUGUGUGUGUGUGUGUGUGUGUGUGUGUGUGUGUGUAUGCCUGCGUGCGAGCAUAUGUGUGUGUGUUUAACUCAAAUCUCAACAGGCCCAUGACACUGCACCGCUGCUGGUUUACUGUUGACGCACUUGUCUUUGUGAUGAUCUCAUAAAUGCUUCUUUUGUUUUCUGGACGAUUCCUUCUUUCCAGCAUAUCAGGUUUUGUUUUUUGUUUUUUUGGGGGGGGGGGGGACUUUUUCUGUCGAGGCAUUUUUAGUCUUGUUCUUGUCAUGACCACUAUUCCCAUUACCUGAGGUGUUCUGCUUCACUUUGUCUUGUGUAUUUCUCAUGUGAUAGAGCCAUAAGCUGGGUUACAUCCAAGUGUUUCUGUGUGGAAAGGCUCCAUGGAAACAUGAGACUCCCUACAUUUCUCUCUUUACUGGGAAAACCACUUUAUGCUAGUUUGUUGUGACAUGACGGUUUAUAAAUGAUAUCCUUCCAUCCAUACUUUAGAUGGUGUUUGACACUCAGUCCAACUGAUUGGUGCCUCAUUUACAAUUCAAAGUUCACUUUAAAUCAGCUUGACAGUUGACAAUGCUUGACAAGUUCCUUCCUCAGCAUUGUAGUGCCAUACCUGUCUUAUUUGCAUAUCAGUAGAGUGGAGGGGGUGAGCAGAGGAACUGAAAAUGUCUGCUAAUAUUGUACAAAAAACAGUCAAAAUGUGAUCGAAAUGUUGCUGCAAAUGCAUCACAAAUGCUAAGGCAGCUCCACCCUAGAGUUUAAGUCAGGCAGUGUAACUUACAUAACAGCGGCCUCUGUGGUCUCAAGGAUCAUAACCGGAGUGUUCAGAUUGUAAAACCCUCUGAGGACAAAUUUAUGAUUUGUUAUUUUGAGUUAUACAAAAUAUAUUAGAAUUGAAUUAAACUUAGAGCAGUGGUUCCCCAAACUUUUUCAAUAAUGUACCCCCUUUGGAAUUUUUCGUAAGAAAGAAGAUGCGACAGUUAAUAUGAAUAUUGAAUAUAAAAUGUGGUUUAUCAUUUACAAUUUUUUUUUAAUUAACUUAUUAUCAUAUUAUAAUUUGGUUUUAGGAAUUAUGCAUGUUUGAUAUUUUUUAUUAUUGAUACUUUUUUAGCCUAAGUUAUACUUUGCGCAUCCGCGAGCGCACCAGGGUCCGUAAAUGCCGUCAUCAGAGGCUGUACGCGGAGGCAUUGCGCGGACGUCUGCGUUCUACAAGUGCUAGCGUAGACCCAUGGUGGCAGCCCCUCUAAAAUCUUGGCUACAGCCAUGUUCAGGAUCCAUUACUGGAUAACCGCACUGAAUGGUGUGUGUGCGCUGUAUCUUGCGAGGCGUGUGUCAUCCAUUCGGUGUCGUGUGCAGCUGUGAUGUGUUUCAUGAACAUCUCUCCCUCCCUGCUCGUUACUUACUGCCCCGCUGCUUCGUCUCUCUGCCGGCUACCUUUCCACUUCUUUUUAUUCUUUUGUUCUUCCGUCUCCUUCCCUUCUUAUUCCACCUCGCAUCUUCCCUCUUCCACUUCCUUCAUUAAAUUUUUUCCACCAACUGCUCACCACUCCCAUCCUCCAUCUCCUCUGCCCCCCCCCCCGCAUCUGUUCCUCUCCCUCCAUCACUGCUCCUGCUGCCCUGCUUUCCGCCCUCUCAGCCUUCCUCCUGUUUCAUCUUCAUCUCUAAUCAACCUCCUGUCUCUCCUAUUCUCUUGCUUUCAUCCUUCACUCCCUCCUCUCCACCUCCGCUCUUCCAUCCUUUCUUUAUACCCCUCCUCUCGUAUCGUUCUCCUUCCACCUAAUCAAACUUUUUUCCCCUCUCCAUCGUCUCUCCUCCCUUCCUCGUCCAUCUCCCAGUCACAUCACUCUUCCCCCCCCCCCCCCCC